CCUCUCUGCUCGCCAGCCAACACCCAUUCGCAUCGCACCGCGUCGCGAUACCUCAGGAAGAAGAAAAAGGAAACGAGAGGGAAGGAAAGCCAAGGGAAGCGGGCGCGACCUGCGCACGACAGCCGCCGCCUCGCUCCCGUUCCUCACCUCCCGUCGGGUGGAGUCCCCUUGGACUCCCGCCUCCGCCUCAGCGCGUCGCCGCGGCGCGCCGAUCUGCUCCACCGGCCUCACCUGCCUCCUCAGGUCUCCAACCGAGGAGAAGGGCAGAGAGCUGGGCAUAAGAAGCUAGAUUUGAAACGGAGCCAUGAAGAAAGUGUUCGAUCAAACGGUCCGGGACAUAAAAAGAGAGGUGAAUAAGAAGGUCCUCAAGGUGCCCGGAAUAGAACAAAAGAUUCUUGAUGCAACAAGCAACGAGCCAUGGGGCCCGCAUGGAUCUCUUCUGGCUGACAUUGCUCAAGCAACGCAGAACCAUUAUGAGUAUCAGAUGAUCAUGAAUAUUGUGUGGAAGAGGAUCAAUGACACUGGCAAAAAUUGGCGGCAUGUUUACAAGGGUUUGAUUAUCUUGGAUUACCUGGUGGCUCAUGGUACUGAGCGAGUUAUUGAUGACAUAAGGGAGCAUGCUUAUCAGAUAUCGGCACUUGCUGACUUCCAGUAUAUUGAUUCUGCUGGGAGAGAUCAAGGAAGCAAUGUACGACGGAAAUCUCAGAGCCUUGUUAGUUUAGUUAAUGACAAAGAAAGAAUACAGGAAGUUAGGCAGAAAGCACUUGCUACCAGGGACAAGUACCGGAGUGCAUUUGCCACUAGUGGAACACACAGGAGCCCAGGUGGAUACGGUGGUGGUUAUGACAAUGAUCGCUAUGAAGGCAGUAGAUAUGAUAACAGAAAUGGAUAUGGGAGGGAAAGAGAAUAUGGAUAUAGGGAUGAUGACAGAUAUGGUGGUCCAGGAGAUACACCCAACCGGGAAGGAGAUCGUUAUUCCAGGGAUUCUAAUGAACGCUAUGGUAGAGAUUAUAGAGAAGAUGAAUUCAAAGGAAGUCAUAGCAACCAUGAAUAUGCUGAAGGAUCAGGUCGCAGGAGCUAUGGUCGAGAGAGGGAUUCUUAUGGGGAUGAUGAAGCUUAUUCAUCCCGUGGCCGUGGCAGCAACGCUGAUGGCCCUACUCAGGAUGAGAGGCCUAUAGAACGAAAGCUUUCUAACCAGCAGAUUGCUUCACCACCACCAAACUACGAAGAUGUUACAAGAGAUGGCCAGGACAAUCUUCAUGAUGAUAGAAAUGGAGCAACUGUGCCAGCUGCAAUACCAAAGGUAUCCUCUCCUUCUGUUCCUAGAACAACUGUUCCCGCAGGACAGGUGAAUGGUGUUCCUGAUAAUGCUGUCGAAGAUGUACCUGAACCACCAGCUGCUCAUGUGGAACCAAAUGGAUUUGAUGAGUUUGAUCCACGUGGAUCAAUACCAGAUUCUUCUCCUCCAGUGAACCCCUCACCAGUAGUGAAUAGCUUGGAGAUGGAUCUGUUUGGAUCUGAUCCUAUGAGUUCGCUAGCUUUGGUAUCUGUGCCUCAACCAACUACCACAGCAAAUGUUGAGCAACCAGUGAAUUCAGGUUUUGAGACGAAUAGUUUCAUGGGCAUGCCACCGACUUCCAUUGGAUUUGGCGAGAUUGAUGCCUCAAAUCCUUUUGGGGAUCCUACUCCUUUCAAGGCGGCCCAUGAAGAAAGUCCUGCAAUUUGUCAGCCAAAUGCUGCACCUGCUGGUUCUUUCCAGGCCACUGGGCCUGGUGCAGAUGCAAACCCAUUCCAGCCUGCUUCAGCUGCGAGCUUUGGUUUUGGAGAUACUCUUGGUGAUCUCACUUUUGCAUCAAAUGCUGCAUCUGAACAGCAAGAUAUUUUUGCAAACACUGCCUCCUUGCCUUCAGAGGUAUCUGCAAAUCCAUCUGCGGUACCCCAUCAGUCUGUUCAAAGUUAUGUUCCCUCCCAGGCACAGCCUGCAGUUGCUGGCCCAUCGCCUGUUACUCACGCUGCUCCCACAACAUUUGCUCCUCAAGCACCUCAAGCAAUGGCACCAAAUCGACAUGCAAUUCCUCAGGCUGCUCCUGCGCUUGCUUAUUCGCAAACACCUCAUCCCGCAGCAACUAACCCAUUUCCAAUUCCUCAAGCUGUCGCCUCAUCAUAUGCUCCUUCACAGGUGCCCCAACCUGCAGCAUCCAGUCUGUCAUCAGGCCAGUCAAACUUUUUUAUGCAACCAGCAUCAGGGGCUGGUGUUGAUAGCCUGUCAGGGGUUCCUACCCAGAAUGGAGCACCAUCCUACAUUCCUCCACAGACUUCUCAAUUCACUGCUCCUGCAAAUCAACUAUCUCAGCCAAGCUUCCUCCCACAAACUGGCACAUCAGCUCCACAGCUAGCUUCGAUUUCUCGGGGCACAUCCCUGCCUCUUGGUGUGCCAAAUUCAGUGCCUUCUGGUGCCAACUUUCCAUUGCAGUCAAGUUCAUCAGCUCCCCCAGAAGCAAUCAUUUCAGCUCUGCAAGUUAGUCAGACUGAGCCGCUGAAGAAAUUUGAGCCCAAAUCUACUGUUUGGUCUGAUACACUGAGCCGAGGUCUAGUCAAUCUGGACAUUUCUGGAUCAAAAGCAAAUCCUCAUGCUGAUAUUGGAGUUGACUUUGAUUCAAUCAAUCGCAAGGAGAAAAGGCAAGAAAAGAAAACCAACCAACCGCCUGUGGUGUCUACAGUCACCAUGGGCAAAGCCAUGGGAUCUGGUUCCGGCAUUGGUCGGGUUGGUGCGGGUGCCAUGGCACCUCCUUCCAAUCCAAUGGGUGCAGGCAGGGGUAUGGGUAUGGGUGCCGGUUAUGGUGGUGGAAUGGGGAUGAACCGGCCAAUGGGCAUGGGGAUAGGAAUGGGAAUGAACCAACAACAUAUGGGGAUGGGGAUGGGGAUGAACCAACAACAGAUGGGGAUGGGGAUGAACCAACAACCGAUGGGAAUGAACAUGGGGAUGGGGAUGAACCAGGGGAUGCCGAUGCGGCCUCCUAUGGGGAUGGGUCCUGGUGGAAUGCCUGGUGCUGGCUACAAUCCAAUGGGUACUGCAUACGGUGGUCAGCAGCCAUAUGGUGGGUAUAGGUGAGGCUAUACUGUACCACCAGAUUAUGCAGCGAGGGGUUGAGAAACAUUUUAGAAGGCAUUUGUAUUUUGCUCACCUGGUUUUUCUAUGUGUAUGGUUUCUUUCUUUCUUUUGGGGGGUGGGUAUAAUUUUCAUCACUAUUCUUUUACAAUCCAUGUUGGAUACUGUACCUACCGAAUACCGGACAUGUGAACGAGGUCAAUGCUACAACUACCGUGUUGUGUUGGAUGCAGUGCCUUGAUAUUACAAGCUCCGAUGUAGUUGUAUAAUUUGCUAUAGGCUGCUUUUCAGUAAACAUAUUAUUUGUUUCAGCAUUCUUGCUGGAUGGACAAUAAAAGGCUGUACCGUCUGGUUCA